UUAGCCCACACCCUGCCACUCCCUCCUUAGAGGACAGGCGGAGAGGACGGCGGAGAGGGACUAGCUCUCCUUUCAUCGCUCCAGGACACAUCUUCUGCCAGAGAGGCCUGACAGGCAGAUCUUGCUUGCUUGGUGCCCAUCGGUUGCCCUACAGAGAGAGCUGCGCUGAUUGGAGAGUGUCGUCCCUGGACACAGAAACAUGGCAGGGGUCCAGAAGAAGACCACCAGCAUGUCCCUGACCAUCUCAUCCUGCUCCAGGGAAUCAUCCAGCAGUGCCGUCAUCCAGCAGCAGCGGUCCAGCCUGGUGCAGCCACUCAGAAUCAGCCCACAGAGGACGCAGAGUCCGUCCUGCAGCCAGAAUUAUUCUGGGAAUGGGGGGGUAGCCCCAACGUUUGUAAAGCGCCUUCACAACAUCAGCACUGAGAAGGGCCAGCUGGUGGUUCUGGAGUGUCGGAUCCGUGGGACGCCACCCCUGCAGGUGUCCUGGUAUCGCGAGAAUGAGCGGAUCAUAGACUCGGCUGACUUCCGCAUCCUCAGGAAGAAAGCCACUUCUACUUCUGUCCCCGGUAAGUGUGCCACCCCAAGUCCUCCGAAAGCAGAGGAACUGUGUACCCUCGUCAUCACUGAAGCUUACCCAGAGGAUUCUGGGAUUUUUAAGUGCACAGCAAGCAAUCAGUUCGGGGAGGUGUAUUGCAGUGCUCUCCUGGAGGUGUAUACAGGCCUGGAUGAUUCUGGAUUCACUGAGGAGCAUGCACCCGGGGUGUCCACAGGGCAGGAACCUGACGACUUUCCAUCAUUUCUGCUGGACACAGCAGGGAUUCCUCCUCCAGAGUGGCCCGAGAGCCCUGAGGAGGAGACCGCCCCCCCACUAGACACGUCCUCAGAGCAACAGAAACUAAGUGAAGGUGUGCGUGGGACAAACUACAGUUCCCAGGCCCAGAGUCCCCAAGAGGCCUGUGCUCCCACCUCACCAGCCGAAGUCAAGGAGCUCUCGCCGAAGACACCCACCAGUCCCCAGCGGCUCGGCGACCAGCACCAUUCUGGCAGCAUGAGUGUGGCCGACCUGCCUACCUUCUCUCCCACCCUCUACCCUCCCAGCGCUUUCAACUACGAGCGCCCACGUCACUUCAUCCAGUCACAGCCGCACUUCCAGGCUCCCAGCUAUGAGAGUCUACAGGCCAACGGCAGCAUCAAGACUUCCCCUUCGUCUUCCAACUUGAGCUCUCCGGUGUCCACUCCAGGGCCUUCUUCAACUUCCUCCAUGCCAGCCUCUCCAUCCCAUGCCCCGAUGCGCUCUAGCAUUACACUAAUCCCCAAAGUGACCAGUGCCCCCCCUUCUCGCACCUCCCCCGUUGCCUUCCUCUGCUCCGUCCUGCCCUCCCAGUCAUCUCCUCAGCCCGGUUCCUCUCACUCUCUCACAACCCCGACAUCCCUCCCUAAGCUGGUCACUCUGCAGUCUGCACCACCUCCAUCCUCCUCAGCCAACUGUUCUGCGUAUACCCCCACCACAGCAAGCUCGUCCCUCCCCAAGCCUGCCACCCCCUCUCAGCAAACUGGUACCCCAUCUCCGUUUGUGUCCCUCCCAGCCAGCUACAAAGGGACCUCCAACAGUAACCCCAAGCCCAUCCUCAAGAAAACAGCCCCCCGGCCAGUGUCUCGGUCCACGGAUGAGGAGAUACAGGGAUCUAAGGAUGCGCUCAUCCAAGACCUCGAGAAGCAGCUACGUAACAAGGAGGCCCGCAGGAGGAACAGCCAGAAACAGUCAUAUGAAGAACGUAUGGCACGGAGACUGCUGGGUCCUGACAACGCCGCCUCCGUCUUCGAGCUGGACAAGCAUCCAGAAGUGCAGCCGGAUCAGCCAGAAUCACCAGAGGGACGACACUCAGGAGGAAUAUGGAGCAAGCAGUAUUCUGGGACUGAUGGCAAUGAGGGCUCCGCCAUCCAGGAGAAGUGCUAUGCCCCCCGUUUCCUGCAGGUACCCCAGGACCUCACUGUGGAGGAAGGUCGAUUCUGCAGGAUCGACUUCAAGGUGGGGGGUCUGCCAACACCUGAUGUGACGUGGUACCUGAAUGGCAAGGCAAUCCGCCCUGAUGACUACCACAAGAUGCUGGUAUGCGAGAAGGGCCUGCACUCCUUCAUCAUCGAGGUAGUGACUGUGCACCACGCAGGCAUCUACGAGUGCGUGGCCAGGAACCGUGCCGGAGAAAGCAGCUUUUCGAUGCGCCUGGAUGUUCUUGCUCAGGAAGCGUUCUGUUGUCCACGGUUCGUACAGAAGAUGAAGAAUUUGCGUGUCAUGGAGGGGGACACGGUGCGGCUGGAGUGUAAGAUUUUGGCUUCUCCAGCUCCCCAACUCUACUGGAAGAAGGACAAGGAGAUGCUGAGCCUGAAUCCCAGCAGGAUGAGCCUGUACCAGGACAACACUGGCCAACUGUGUCUGCUGAUAGAUCAGGUGGAGAAGACUGAUGCAGGCUGGUACACAGUGUCCGCCAUCAACGAGGCUGGCAUGGCCAGCUGCAACGCCAGGCUGGAUGUGGGAACUCGCUUAAACAAGGUAGCCCCUGCUGGCCAGCAUGUGAAACUGCGCCCCGUGACCAGCCAGCUGUCGUCCCUGAGCGUAGAUGGCACCCAGCGGCAGCCGGCCCCCCUGUAUGAAAGUGAAGAGCUGUAAUGCCGCUUGCUGGUUUCACGUGCCGUGGUGCACACCUGAUCUCGCUGCCAGUGGUCAGAUGCACUUUAGGUUACUGACGGUCAUCUACAGACCUUACCUGCCGGGCUGUCCCGCCCACCUGCUGUCUGUUCAAUGUCACUGUUACUGUCUGACUUUUUAUGCUGGGUGUGACGCUAGAAUCAUGUAAACUAAUUGCUUUUUAAUUUUCUUAGAAACAGCUCUGGGCAUGUUGUUCUGCCUCCAACCCACAUUGUACUCGUGUCCCACAGUUGGCGCUGCCUGUGUAUGUUGUGAAAACUGAGUGUCUGAGUAAAUUAAUAAAAAUCUAAUCUCUACUGGG